CAGCUGUCAGCUGUGAAAAAAUUGUUUCCCAUUCAAACAAAUUGCUGAAAAAUAAAUUCCACACGGUUUAUCUAUAUUUUGUAAAUUAUUUUAUGCAUUUUCAAGGAUUCCUAACAACAAUAAGCAAUGGAAAAGCGUCAGCUACGAAAUAGCAAGUCCAAAACGGACGAAUGGAUAAAAUGUCAGUCCAAACAACGGCCUGGCCAAUAUUAUAUGUUCAAUAAGGCAACAGGCGAAACCAAAUGGUGCAGUGAAUUGAAAGAAGAUUCGCCUUUAAACAAAUCAAAUGAUACAAAGAAACCAGCAUCGCCACCAAAAAAUAUAAGUGCAAAAUCCAUACGAACACCAGCUCAGGAUCGUCUUAAGCGUUUGCAACAUGAUUUAAAAAAGGAGCAUAAAGAAAAAUUAGCACAGAAGCAAAGCCAUAGUACACGACGACAACGUAGUCAAGAACAAGUUGUAACAAUAAGCAAAGAAAAUAAGAGUGUUGCGGUUAAGGAGACAAAGAAUAAAACUCCAAGAACAAAAUCCACAACAGUUAUUACACCAACAGAUUCCAGAAAGGAUUGUCAGCCAUCAACAAGCAAAGAUGCUUUAUUAGUUAAUAAAGAAACCGAUAAGCGAACAAACAACAGCUCAUCACAAAUAAAUACCACCAUAAAUAAAUCAAAACAAAAGUCAUCAAAAACUCAAAACAAAAAACGUACAUCCGCUGAAGCAACAGUCGAUACGGCGAUGAAACGAAAAAAACCUUCAAAUCAAGACCUGCCCCUCAAAGAGAAAGAUUCACCAAACACCGAAGACGCAAAAAAUGAGGCGACUUCCCACAAGCAAACUGCUGUUGUAAGUGGUAUUGGUAGCGGCAUUGUAAACAAAAUAAAAGCUAUUUGCAAGAGUACCUUCAACAGCUAUUGCAACGCCAAAAACGCUUUGAGCCAAAAACCAUUAAAACCAUGUAUCAAGCCAAAUAGUUUUAAAAUACCAAAAAAACCAAGUGGAGCACAAAAUUCUGCAAAUUUAACAGUUCAAAUUAGGGAACCUGAAAAUCGCCACGCCUAUGAGGAUGGGAGCGAAAGUGAUAUAUCCAACAAUAGUAAUGACAUAUCUAAUGCACCGAUGACCAUUGUAAUGAAAGGCACCGCAACGCCAUCUAAUGGCGAUGCCACUGUGGAUUUUAAAGCAAUCGCCUUAACUACACUGCCGCCGUCACAGUUAUAUGCAUCGCCUAAUCGUGCCUUGCCUGCCUACCCGCAGGGAAGUGCUAAUUCGCGCUUAGAACGUUUACGUAAUUCACUUACCCAACAAGCGUUCUCAAGUGACCAAAAAAUGUCUACCCCAACGCGCCUAUGCGCAUCAGCGUGUUCAUCAGCUUUAGCGUGUGUACUACGCGACACGACGAUGGCGGACGAAAGUACUGAAAAUAUAGAUGAACCAAUGGACUGGAUGCCAAUUGAAGAGAUGAAAACGGAAACAAUUGAGUUAUCUAGCAAUGAGUCCAGCAAUCAACAAGCUGAAACCAUGGGCGAAUACUAUGGCACCGUCAAUGAAAAUCUACUACGUUACGCCGUAGAACAGAAAGUUGCUGCGGCAGGUACAAUUGGCAGAUGGCUUAAUGAUUAUUAUUAUUUUGUUUUGGAUACAAACGUGUUGUUGCAACAUUUAGCAUUCCUUGAAGAGUUAUGCCAUAUGAAAUUGUGCGAUACCGGCGGUACCAUACUGUAUAUACCGUAUAGUGUACUACAAGAGCUAGACAAAUUAAAACAAUUUGCGGUGGGCGAUGGCACCAAAGUGCUGGCAGUACGCGCUAUCAAAUACCUUAAUUCCAAAUUCGAAACAAAGAAUAAACAUUUACAAGCACAAAGCGCACUUAGCGAGCUGGAACACCUUGUCGAAAUCACUUCGCCAGACGAUCGCAUAAUCAACUGUUGUUUACAAGUCAAACAGCAAAUUGAUCAUGUUAUCUUAUUAACUGAGGAUAUAAACUUGCGUAAUAAGGCUAUUUGUAAUAAUAUUUUAGUGUCGACAAAAUCGGAUCUUCUAGCGAAGCAUACAUAAUGGCGACAGCUGCAUAUUUAAAUUGACAUUAAUUUGAUAUUUAAAAAUAAGCUGUUGUGUUCGACGUUAUGUCUGACAAAUGUGCUUAACUAGUGAUAUACUGCCAUGCUAGACGUUUAAGUUUCAUAUAAAUUCAAUUCGUGUAACGUAGAACGUAAACUAUUUUAAAAGCGAUACUCUCAAUCACUCGCAACAUCACUUUGUUUCGCUGAGUAUUUUUGAACAAUUUGUGAUAUGGCGAAAAAAACAUAACAUUACAUAGAAUAAUAUAAUAAAUAAUAGUUUAGUACUAAAUUUAGUUUGUAAACUUGUUACAAGUAUUCGCGGAAGUUACAUUUGAAAUAUGUAAAUGAAUUGAUAUUUUUAUACUCGUAUGGAACGAAAAUUACGUUAAUAUUUUUUCAAUAAAUCUGAAGAAUUUCCAAUGCAAGCAAAAUCCAUUUUAAUACCC